AGGAAAAGGAGGAAGAGAAGGAGUAAAGAAAGAAGAGAGGAAGGAGGAGGUAUCAGUUACUCUGGCGUCUCGUUCAUCUCGUCCAGUUCGGUUCACGUUCGUGUUCUGUCGCGUGCAAAAGAAGACACACAUUACAUAUAUAUAUCUAUAUAGAUUUGUUUUCGUCUUUUUCGUUAACAUUCGAAUUCACGAAGACGCCCCUCGUAGACUCGCGUGGCUACCCUCCGCGACCGCACCUGUCUCGGUCGCGCGCGCACCUUUUCUAACACAACACACAACGAUAACCACAAACAGGAAUCAACAAACCCAACGAUGAUUGAACAAAACCAAAAGAAGAAUUAAAAGAAGAAGAAUAAGAAAAUAGAAAGAGACAGGAACUAUCAACAGGAGGAACAACAACAACAACAACAGUAACAGUAGCAGUAGUAGCAGCACCAACCCAGCAUCAGUACCAGAACCAGUACCAACACCAGACUACGAAGAAUUUCCUUCACGAUGUCGCGUUGGGAACCCGCGAAGUGUGUCGUUGCUAUUUUAAAGUAGUACGUAUAUUCCGAGCUCGGAGGACGUUCGUCUCGUUCGUUUAUUUAGUUAGUUAGUUAAUUUUAUUCGUUCUCACUAUUUUCUAACGAUAUUUCUACGAAUGGUUAAUACUUCUCCAUGAGACGGCGCACCAAAUGACGAGGAGACAGAGAAAAAAAGAAAACAAAUUAAAUGAGAUAAGAAUGAGAGAAAAUGAAAAGAGAAGAACGGGGAAGGAAGAAGAUCAUUUCGUUUUUCGCGCGAAAAAUUGAAUAAUAAUAAUAAUAAUAAUAAUAAUAAUAAUAAAUCAUUGAUCGAAAAGUGUCAUCGAUCUUUCACGUUAUACGUUUAUCGUGUUGUUAGUGAGAAAAAAGUGUUGUUAUCUGUAUAACACGGAAGAAUGAAGAUGAUAAGAAUGAAUGUACGAGUCAAAUAUGUUCUUUUACGAUACACCAAAGACACGUUAAUCACUCGUCAAAGUCUACUUACGUUCACGAUAACAGAGAGAUUAAUUGAAAAAAGAUAGAACGAUUAGAACGAACGUUUGAAAAGAAAAAAAAAAAAAGCUUAAUCCCUUUGGAUCUCGUUGGAAGAUAUAUAUUACGUUCUACAAAAAAAUAUACCUGCACACACACACACAUACACACACACAGAGAAAAGAAAUUUUACGAGCGAUAUAAUAAUAAAAAUCAUCGCAACGAAGUGUAAACUUUUUUGUUUGUUUCUUCCAUUUAAUACGAAAGAGAUGAUUGCCUAUUAUAUUGGAAAAAUAAAAAGAAAUAAAGACAGAUAGAUAGGUAGAUAAUAAUAAUAACAAUGUAUGGGAUCGAAAGCGCGUGCGCGUUGACGUGCGUGUUGUGUUUGGUGCACGUCAAACGAGAUCACGCUACGAGAUAAUUACGACGACAAGUUGUCCCCGUGGAUGAAUGAACGUGACCCGCACAUUUUUUCUUACACUACACGGAGAUAGAAAAAGAAAAGAAGAAAUUAAAGGUGAAAUAAUAAAGGGUGGGAAAAUAAUAGAAAAGGUAGGAGUACGUGGAAGAAGAAAAAGAAAAAGAAGAAGAAGAAGAAGGGGAACGUUGCCUAUCUUCAUAGGUGAGAACGAUAAGAAAAGGAAGAAGAAAAAGAAGAGGAAGUGGAAGAAGAAUAAGAAGAAUAAGAAGAAGAAGAAGAGAAUAGCGGUUUCCAAGGCUUUUAGAUUUGUUCGCAACGUGCCAACUUUAUACAACACCUUCGUGAUAUACGCGAGUGCCAAGAACUGCUACUUUCGUGUAUAUAAUAAUAUACACGUGUAUAAUAAAUAUAUAUAUAUAUACACAUUAUAUACAUAGUCGUGAUCUUUUUUCUUUUUUUUUUUCUUACGUUAGAAAAGAAAGUUUAACGGAAGGAAAAUAAGGGGAAGAAGGUAGAAGAAGAAGAGGUCGACGUAUGCGAUCGGCAAUAAUUUGUGUCCACCAAAAUCCGAGUUUUAACUCGAUUUAUUACUCCACUUAUCCCUACCUCCCUCCCUUCCCACCCUUCCGUUCUCUUCUGUUCCAUAUAUAUCUAUCUUUGAUUUAUCGUGAAUUAUUGUUGUUAUGAGAAUCGUGGAUUAUAAUGGAAAGGAAAAGUACCGAAGCAAGACCGAAGAUCGAAAUCGUACGUGUCUCAUCCAUCGAACGGCGAAACUUUCGUCCCUUGGAUGGGGUGCAACUUCGUGCUGCCUAUAGUCACGUCAGAGUUGGAAUUUAUUGUCCGGAACCGGAAACGAAACCAGUCGUCGUUUGCGAUAGCAAACCGCCCAUCGAAUACACGAGAAAAUUUAAAAAAAAUUUGGGACCAGUAUCGAGACUGUUGAGACGUCGUCAUCACGCGACGUGUCUUGCAACUAAAUCCUGUGAUAACAUUUAUAGCGUGAAUAGAAAUAGUAAUUCGUUGGAUUGGAGAUUAGGACAGAAUGCGAACGAACAAGGAUUACAAUCUCGACAAAGUGGUAGCUUAGACUGGAGAGUUGGAAGAUCUGUCACUUUCGGUUCUAACAAGCUUCAUUGGCGAGAUGCCACUCGUAGUGCAGAACAACUUUCUGCCAAUACUCCGAUCGGUUCUGAUCAUAUUCAAACGCCAAGUACCAAAUCAAAACUCGUAUCGUUACUUAGGCGACUCUCACCUCGUCUUUCACGACCAGGAAGUAAAGGAUCCUUGCAAUCGUCGCCGACUAUUUGUCCAUGGGUCCAAGUUGAAUAUUCGACGGAAUCGAUCGAUGCCUCCAAACGAGAAGAGUCCCAAGAAAGUGACUUGACCUUUCAACAGGAAUUACAGUUGAACGAGUUGAGAAAACGAAUGGCUGGAAUCGCUUCAACUUCUCAGGUUAUUACAAAAUCUACAAACGAUAAUGAAGAUCAAAUAGUGCCACAUCCGACCUUUGAAGUACAGGAAUCCAACAGCAUCCAUCGUAACGACUACAUCCAUACAGCCGUGCACGAGAAUCGUUGCGGGGAGGAAGAGGAGGAGAAGCAGAAGCAGAAAAAACAACCACCAUCAUCGUCGUCAUCGUCGUCAAGGGAUUGUCGUCGAACGGGGGUCGAUCGCGAAUCGAGUCGACGUGGGGUGGUGGUGGUGGGUGGUGGUGGAGGCGUUGGAGGAGGAGGUGGAGGAGGAGGAGGAGGAACACCAGGAACAAGAACACCGACCGAGUUAGUAGUACCAGGCCUGGAGGAGGAAUUUCUUGGAGAAUCCUACGUCGCGACGUCCCAGGUACAACCCGGGACUGGGUUGAGUUCAGUAGUUCCACGACGUACUACAACAAGACCCCUUUCUUUGGCCGUACAACCUAUCAACUAUCAUCGUCUUGAUCCGGACGCCACUAACGACGAACUCGAUCAUCAACAACAACAACAACAACAUCAUACACCUCAUCAUCUUCGACCCAACAUGACCAGUCAGGACAGCAUCGGAAGUUGCAGCUUGGACGUCGAUCGUUCCGUCUCCGACCGAUCAGAAAAUACCGUAGAUUCCGUAUCCGAGAGAACGCUGCACAGCCUGAACUUGUCGUGUAACGGUGAACAACAAAAGCCGGAAAAUUUGGUGAACGGUAGCAGCGAGACGCUGCAAAAGUCACAUCUUCUCACUCCUCCCGAUGAUAAGGUGAUCGUCAGCAAUGGUCAUCGUUGCAGUCCCGAGCAACAAGAACAGCUGACAGCGAAAAAACCUAGUUACUUGGGAUUGGCUUGCAGUAUAAGCGGUUACUCGGGCAUCACCAGGUACGAUAGUAAAUUGAGAGAAGGUUUCCGAUCGAGAGAUAGCAGCCCUGGAACAAGACUGAUUACUAGGGAUACUAGUCCUGCAGGUUUCAAAUCAAACGAGAAUUUAAGUGUUCCGAUACAUCAUUAUCCGCCUAAAAGUCAAUCAAUUUCGCCACUCGCAAUGGAUCGACAAAAUGGUUUUUCUAACGGCAUGAAGGAAGAGUGUAAGAUAGAAACUUAUAGAGAAACAAGAAAUACGAUGAGUAUAUGUCAGGGCUUCUCUGAGGUCGAUAAAGGGGUAUCCUUACAUACAACGUUUCCGGAUGUCAGUCCCAUAAGGGUAAAUUCUUCCUCGAGAAGGAGUCCUGGGAUCGUUCAAAUGAUGUCUUGCGGUCAACAAACCAAAUCUUUUUCACCGAAUUUUGCGGAAUCUUCACCUAAAUCUUCUACGAUAAAUAUUUCUAAUACGUCGUUUAGCGAAACAAGUAUAUUAAACGGUUCAAAUAUCGAUAUAGAAAAUCAAACUACGAAUACCUCAUCUAGCAGCGAAAAAUCAUUCAUCCAACAACGCGUUGAACGGCUGUACGGUCCGGGUGCUUUGGCACAGGGUUUCUUUUUUAAACGCAGCGUUACUAAACUAAACGUUACUGACAAUAGUUUCAAUAAAUAUAAUAAUAAUAAUAGCGAUACCUCGAUGGACAACGUUAAUACGGAAGAAUCGUUGAAAAAUUUGCCAGUUUUAAGACAUCUACGACCUGAAUUCCGUGCUCAACUUCCAGUUGUCAGUUCUAGAAAACCAACAGAUGGUUCCGAACAAAUAAUAAAACCAUUGCGAAGGAUAUCGCCAGCUCCGCGUAAAACCGAGCAACAAUCUAAAACAUGUAAAACCGCACACGUAUCAGAAAGUGUCACGGAAUCGGGAACUCAACACAAUAACAGCAUAGCGAGUAUACCGGAUCAACAACCCGCAGCACCUAAGGUAGUGUUACCUGUUCUAGAACCUAGUGCUAGUUCCGGUAACGUUGCUAAACAAAUGCAGGAGACAGAGAAAACGACUGAGGAAAAGGAUGGAAAUUAUUUUUUGAAACUGUUGAAACAAGAAACGGACAGACUUUUGUCAUUAGCUGCGUCAGCGGAAGCAGAGUUGGCCAGUGGCGAUCCCGUUGCAUUACCCGAGGAAGCAGCUGGUAAAUUGAGAUCUGCUGCUGGCAAAGCGAGAUUACUCGCUUCGCAAAAGAUGCAACAGUUCGAAGGAUUGUGUCAAAAAAAUAUUAAUCAAGUGCCAGGCGAAGAAUUUCCAACAACGAACGAAGACUUGGCCGGAUUUUGGGAUAUGGUGAUGCUACAAGUAGUUCAAGUAAACGAACUCUUCGAGCAAAUUGAAAAAUCGAAAAAAUCGCAGUGGCAAGAGAUUGUGCCGGAGAAAAAAAAUAAUGCAUCACUUUCGCAGAAUGGUAAUACUGCCAAACGUCGUAUAACACCUGUUCAUAAAACAAAGCCUACUGCGAACAGCGAAGCCAAUAAAAAGGCACGAGAAGCAAGGGAGCAAGCGAGACGACAAUUGAUUGAAGAAAAACGCCGAGCAAUGCGUUCUUCUAAUAUGCAAAAUCAAGAUAAUACGGUGAAAAUAUUUGCUCCCGAAACGUAACAGCUAACGUAAAUUCCCUUUUUGAUCGCAAGAAGACUUCUUUUCUUUCCUUGCUUUUUUUUUUAAUUUUUUUUUAUUAUUAUUAUUUUUUUUUUUUUCUAAUCUUUUUUCUUAAUUCUUCUUUUUCUUUUUUCUUUUUUCUUUUUAUUUUUAUAUACGAACAUUAUUCUCGAAUUAUAAUUCCCCAUUGGCAUUAGGAAUGACAACUUUAAACGUAGGCUACAUUCCUGUACGAUAUUAACGAAUCACACUGGUAGUAGUUGUUUAUUGCUAUUUUAUGCACAAUGCAUAGGUGAGGAACAAUUUUGCAAUAUGGCAAAGAAUUUAAUAACAACGCGUUUACGAUUUUCGCUUUCCUCGAGAAAUAACAAUAAUAAUAAUAAUAAUAAUAAUAAUAUUUAAAGAAAAAAAAAAAGAAUAAUAAUAAUAAUAAUAAUAGUAAGGGAUCGUGUUAUAUUUAACAAGCACAUAGAAAGAAAAAAAGAAAAGAAGAAACAAAAAAUCGUAAAUCAUCGUAUAUAAUCAGUAUUUCGAAUUAUUUAUCGUUAGAGGAUUUAUUUAAAAAGAAGAAGAAGAAAAAGAAGAAGAAAAAAGAAAAGAAAGAAAAAAAAAAGUAACAUUGAAAAAUAUUUUUAUCUUUAAAAUUUAGAAAGACAUACAUAUAAGUGUUAACAUUAUUGCAAUCAAAAUCUACAAUUUUAACAUCGAUAUUAGAAUUUAAAUAGACGAACGAGCUUUAUCAUAUCUAUAUUUGCAAUUCGUGAUAAUUAUUGUUUAUAUUUUUGUUUAUACAAUUGUAGUCUAAAGACUGUCAAUUUAUCAUUCUAAUCAAUUCCCCCUCCCCCACCAAUCAAUCCACCCAUUUCCAUCAUCAUCGUCAUCUCAAUUUAAUCUUGUCGUUUCCAUUAUUUCUCUAAUUUAUAGUUUGUAAUUGUAUUUAUGUUCUUUUUAUUGUAUAUCAGUAUAAAUGUUUCACGAAUCGACGUUCUUAUCCGUUUCUUUUUUUUUUUUUUUUUAUUUUGCAUUGAUGCGUUCGAUAUCUAUUUGUAUUUUUCUUUUUUCCUUUUUUUUAUAAUUGUUUUUUUUUAUUUCAGAAAAUCACAAAAUACAUUGAUACGUAUGCAUAAAAAAAAAAAAAAAAACAAAAAAAUGUCUUCAACGAAAUGUUAUAAACAUCUCGUGAUGCGUCGACGUAAAAAAAAAUUUUAACGAAUUUGUUAUAAUACUGUUGCACUCACACAGAUAAUUCACCGAUCAAUUCUUUUUUUUAUAAACGUUGAUUGAAACUAAAGCAAAGAAUUAGAUAUUAAGUUUGUAAGCGGUAUAUUUUAACAAACUAACAUAUAUAUAUAUAUAUAUAUAAAAAAAAAGAACACACGUGAUUUUCUACAAUUUUUAUUAUUCUACUAUAUAGAUUAUGUGGAUAUUUUUGAAACAGACGAAUUUAACAAUAGUCAUAUAUUAUAUUACAUUGCCUAAAAUUUAUUAGUUUAAUUUUUCUUUUGUUUUUAUUUUUUCUCCAUAACUUUUGUAAUAUAUUAUUAUCAUUGCUGAAACGAUUCCAAUGGUUUUUAAUGUCAUUGCUUUUUUUCUUUUAUCUCUAACGAUUAUUAUUAAUUUAUAUUCACGCGUAUACAUAUAUAUAUGGAAACAAUAAAAACUAAUAGAUUUAUACAAGUAUAUUACAUAUAUUAAAUAUAUGAUAUAUACGUCUAUUAUACUAAAGAAAGUUCUAAAAUCGUUUACGAGCUAAAUCUAUAAGAAAGAAAAAAAAAAAUGCUAAUAAAA